UUUACGAGUUUCAUGGGAUGGACGACUGUUUAAGUUUUAUUAAAAAUUCACCUUCGACAUCGACAAAGCAUACGAGAACUCUUAUGCACAUUGAAUUGAAGGAAAAAAUUUAAUACUUUGAUAGAAAGUCCAAAUAUUUUAUUAGAAACUCUAUAGAAUUUAAUCAAGUCUCAUUUAAUUGGUGAUAAACAAAAGAAAUCAACUGAUAAACAAAACAGUACUAAGAAUAAGGAAUAGUCCGUUUAUUUUGAUUUUUCUAUCGCUAAAAACUCUUCACAUUGUAAAUUUUUGAGGUUGAUUUCAUCUUUAACAUUUUCGAAUAACAACACUGGCCAGGAUAAUUGUUUUCAUAGUAUCACGGAGAAAUGAUAAAGAAUGAUGGAAGAAACUGAUAAAAACGAUCAUUCAAGUUGGUCAGAAACUGAUUCUUCUAAUCAAGUUUCCUCAAAUUCCGCUAAAAAACGACUCAAAUCUGGAAGAGAUAGGAAAGAUUCUGGGAAAAAAGUAAGAUUUUCAGAUCAACUUGAUAACAUGUCAAUUGUUAGUGAAUACGAAGACGUCAAUUCAACAUCAUUCAAUACAACAGGAGGGGAAGAAUUCUUUGAAACAUGUCAAAGCUUCUCCGAAGUAAAAGACUUACCAAGUCCUGAUUCAAAUCUGAAACCCAGUAUAGAUUGGAAGAAUUCUGAAGACGAAAAAAAUAACAUAAGUAAUGAAAUGAAGGAAAUAAAGAAAUUAGUUAAAGAAAAUAAUUGUUCGUCAAACUCUUCAAAAGUAGUUAUGAUGGUGCUGAUGGAAAAGACAGGAGAUAUUAGUGUUGAAGAAUUAUCUCCGAUUAUAAAUUCUAGUUUAAAGAAACUAGAAUCAAUUGUGUCGCAAUCCUCAUCAAAUAAUGCACAAGCGCAACAAAAUAAAGAGAACAAUGGACUCACAAUAGUUUCAGUAGAUAGUUACACACGUUUAUCAAGUGUCGAGUGUUAUGAAACAUCUGAACCAAUAAAUAAACCUCAAAAGAAUCAACAAGCUGUUAAACAUAGCAGUAAUAAUGGUGGAAUCUUCGCUGCAGUCGCUAACGUUUUUAAAAAUGCUAUAAAAAAUUUAUCAGGGGUAGCUACGACAAAGAACUCGACGAACAGUAUUAACUCUCCUUCAACAUCAUUUUUACAUUCGCCAAUUCAACAUUCUACUCCAAUCAUUCAAAAUGAUCUUUUUAUUCAAGGAUCUCGAUCAUGUAAACGACCUAGGGAAGAAAAUGCUUUGGUUGAUAGAUUUAAUAUUGAAAAUUCUAAUUCAUUGAACAUUGUCCAAAGUCCGCUUCAAAAAAAAGCUCGAAGAUGGUAUAAAGGUAUUCGUGGUCGUCAACCCAUUGAUAGAAUGAAAGAUUAUUCAUAUCCAAAAGGAAUUUCUCGUGAAACUCAACGUUUCCAACAAGGUGCCUUAACGGUUAAAAAUAUGAUUCUUCCACUUCCUGCCAGAGCAUUUCAAGUAGAUCAAAGUACUCAAACUGAUUUUUAAUAUGAUGAUAGCAAUUAUUAUUUUUUUAAGAGUUAUGUAAUACAAUUACAAUUGAUAAUUAUUAACAUUUACUUUAUUAGAUAUUUAAAGAGUUUAUUAAAAGCAUGAAAA